AUGACUCUCAACCCAUUUUUCCUUCCACCAAUACCCGAUGAACUCUGGCGAAUUGAAGAUGACCUAACAUUCAUCAAAUACGAUAAUGAUGAUGAUCAAGGUUUCAACUGCUUCACCUCUACGCAAUGCAUGGCUUUCAAUCAGCGCAUUACGCCCCUAUCAGUCAAGGAUCACUUAGAGAACGGCCAGUCUAUUGUCUGGAAAGGACUGAUCUCACUAGGCACUUUCGAUAAAGCCCGAAGGGAGAUCGAGUGGCGUGAGCGUCUGCACCAUAAAAGUAUCUGGGCCUACAAGAUCGAGACUGCAGGCCUUCAAUGGGAGUCGAUGGUGUGGAAUCAGCAGCAGAAUAUCUCAUUAAGAUAUUUGACGGAUGGUAGCGCGGACAUCAUGAUUUUCAAGGCGUCCGAGCUGAUACAAGCCUUGGGGCUCAGUGGGAACAUCAAGAGAGAAGCCGAGUUGGGGGCGGUGGACGAAUGGCUUGCGCUUGAAUGGGUACCGAAAAGCAUGAUACUUGAACGAUGGCAAAUUAGUGAUGAUAGUGGGCGCCGUUUGCAAGGAAACCAAGGAUAUGAGAAUCUACGGACAUGA